AUGCCUCCCCUAAUAUUACUGCUGGUCAUUUUCUACCUAAUCUACACCAUAUUCAGUACAUUUGUUAGCCUCUUCCGCAACAUCCAAAAAGCCAAAAGGUCAAGCAUCGCAUUCGUUGUCGUUCCAGUCUACUAUCUCAACCGAUUCUGGCUCAUCACCCACCGGCUGUAUCUCCCAAUACUGGCCAAAUUGCCCCGGAGAUGGACGUGGUGGGUGGACUUUUGCCUCCCGGACUUCAACUUCAACUACAGCAUUGAGAUCUUCCAGCGGGUGGGACAUGAUACGUUCCUGGUGGUGUCGCCGGGCGGCAUCAUGAUGCACACGGCCGAUCCUGCAGUGAUCCAUCAGAUCACGACGCGGAGGAACGAUUUUCCAAAGCCCACGGCCAUUUACCGGUCGCUUGACAUCUACGGCAAGAAUGUCGUGUCCAGCGAAGGUGCCAUGUGGCGUCAGCAUCGCAAAGCGACCAGUCCGCCGUUCACGGAGAAGAACAAUCACCUUGUUUGGGCCGAGAGCAUCGAUCUGGCCAAUGCCAUGCUGUCCUCUUGGGUCGGCCCCGACGGCAAGGGCGACAAAACGGUCGACCGAGUCAUGGACGACACCAUGCGGCUCAGUCUGUAUGUGAUCAGUCGAGCAGGAUUCGGCCGCAAGUUGCAAUGGCCCUCUGCAGACGCAAAGGCCGAUAUCGACGUCAACUACAAUGACGCUUCGAAGAUACUAAACCAGCAAGACGAUCGCGAUUCAGGUCAUUCUAUGAGUUAUACCUACGCGAUACACUGUUUGCUGGAUAAUAUCCUUUUCCAGUUCCUCUUGCCUCGGUGGCUGAUGGAGCGCAUGCCGGUCAAGUGGAUCCAAAAGGCCAAUGAAGCUUACCUGGAAUGGGGGAACUAUAUGAAAGAAGCCGUCGCGUCCAAAAAGAAAACGCUCGGCCAAGGGGAGGAAAGUAAAGACCAGAUGGAUAUUUUGAGCCAACUGGUGAAGAACCAAAUGAACGAGUCGAGCAAGGAUGUCCCUCUUACGGACUCUGAAGUGCUGGGCAAUAUGUUUGUUCUGAUUCUCGCCGGUCAUGAGACUGCGGCGAACUCGAUUCAUUUCUCCUUGCUGUACCUGGCGCUCUUUCCUCAAACCCAAAGAGCGGUACAGAAAGAUCUUGACCGAAUCUUCCAAGGCAAACCUCCUUCAGAAUGGGAUUACGACCGAGACCUGCCAUCCCUCUUUGGCGGCAUGGUUGGUGCCGUGCUGGCUGAAGAGUUGCGACUCACCCCUCCUGUGAUCGGUAUCCCGAAAUCUACGUGGGGUGUUAGUGACCAGUCUCUGACCAUUGACGGCAAACAGUGUACAGUGCCUGGCGGGAUCUAUAUCAGUCUCGCCACCACCAAUGUACAGAAGAACCCGAAAUACUGGCCUGCCAACAAGCCAACAUUGCCCGGCGGCAGGCCGGCCCAUCCGGUGGCAAAUAUCGACAACGACCUUGAGGAAUUCCGACCGGAGCGAUGGCUGCUCGAUGAGGAUGGUGACGUUUCAACUACUGCAGCCAGCGAGAAGAAGGAGAUGCCCAACGAAGCGGUCACGUCGGACGGUCUCGCUGUCAACGAGUCUGCCGAUACAUCAGACCGGCUCUUCAAGCCGCAGAGAGGAGCCUACGUUCCCUUUAGUGAUGGGUACCGGGCAUGCUUAGGACGAAGAUUUGCUCAAGUCGAAGUCCUAGCUGUACUGGCGGUGCUGUUGCAGAACUACUCGGUCGAACUGGCCGUAGACCAGUGGGCGAACGACGAGGAAGUCAUUGCUAUGGAUGAGAAUGACCGGGUCGAAACAUGGCAGAAAGCUGCUAAUCGGGCGAGGGACCUCAUGCUGCAUGGUCUGAGUGUGAUCAUAUCCCUGCAGAUGAGGAAAGGCACAGUACCCCUACGGUUUGUGCCGAGGGGGGCAGAGAGAUUCCCCAACGAUGCGGACCAGCAAUGGAAGGACAAGCAUCCGGACCUGGUCGUUGGAGCAAAACCUGUUCCCGGUUACAGAUACUGGGGAUGA